GAAUAGCGUCGUGCAAACCGCGCUUCAAUGUAAGAGAGCGGUGAGUCAAUGUCAGCAUCGAGCGUCUACGUUCAGUUAUGCGUGGUGUUCACGCCGCGUCUCUCUCCGCGUCGUCGCGUCGUCGUUGAUCCGGGUACCAAUAAAAGAGAUCGGCGAACCUGAUGCCCCGUUAGUAUCCGCGUUACACACCGCGAGUGGGCCACGGUAGUCCUCACCUGAACACGGCUGAAGAGGCUUGCGAAAUCAACGUUUGAACAAGAGAAGAUCAUACAUUUGCGACAUUUGCCGAGUACGGACACCGGAAUCGCGCGAUUUUACAAGGUGGAUCGUAAGAUUGAACUUGACCUAUAAUCCAGAGAACGUUGAAACGACGCAGUGUCCAAGCGGCAAAUCGAUCGAGACGAUCCGUACUAAGUUUUCGAGGACUCCGCGGAAUAUUGUCUCGCCGUUAUUUCUUCCCUCAGAUACUUCUAAAUAUCAUGGCACAAUCAUGGUUAUUGCUUGCUUUUUUGGCGUUGGUUGGUGGUCAAAUUGUUUAUCCAGAUCAAUAUGAGACAAUGAUUGCUGACUCCAGUCAUACCUUUGCAUCACUUCCUAAUUAUUCAGCGCCAACAUUACAAGCGGCCAGCAAUAGUCAACCUGUUCCAAUUAAUCGACAAUUCAAUCAAAGAGUUACUCCGCAAUUCAGCACCGCGAGACCAGCAGAGGCACAGUUUUAUACCACGCCUGUUCCCGUACUUUCGACGAUAAGCCCGACAGGCGACCCGCAAUCCUUACAAGAAACUUGGAGCACUCAUGUGACAAAUAUUAUAUCGAGAGGAAUCACAAAGUUUGCUUUGGACUUAGAUAAGGCGAUUUACAAAAGUAGAGGCACGUCGGUGACUAGUCAGCGAGAAAACGUGAUCUUUUCUCCACUCAGCGUGUCCGUUGCCUUGUCAUUAGUUUUAAUAGGUUCUGCUGGCAAAACCUUCAACGAGGUUGCCCGGAUUCUCGGCUUAGAGACUGGUGUCGAUAUAUCCCAACACUCGGAGAUUGUUCAUCAGAUGUUCGGUCAAUUGUUGGCUAUCAUGAAUUACAGGAUUGAGGGUAGUAAUAUGCCACGUGUGAAUUCCGCCAGUGGUAUUUUCGUGCAGGAAGGAUAUCCGAUUCGACCUGAAUUUCGCGCGAUCAGCGAGAAUGCGUAUCAGAGCGAAGUAAUAAAUUUGGAUUUUCGAACAAAAGGCAGAGAAGCGCGAGAUACAAUAAACGCUUGGGUGAAGCAACGAACAAUGAACAAAAUAGACAGUAUAUUGAGCGAAAUGCCGGAUCCGUUGACCACUGUGAUUCUCUUAUCGGCGCUUUAUUUCAACGGAGAAUGGAAUCAACAUUUCUUGGGGGGAAUGACUCGGAGGAGACAAUUUUCCAUCGAGCCAAAUACCACGGUCGAGGUAGAUAUGAUGUACAACGGCGGCAAUUUUCCAUUUUACGAAGACAAAUCGCUAGGCGUUAAAAUAGUGGGUUUGCCUUACAAAGGCUUAGAGAUGUCCAUGUACGUGCUUUUACCGAAAGCCGAAGGAGCUGCCGCAUUGAGAAAUUUCCAGGAUCAAUUGACGGCUGAAACUAUCGAACGCUUAAUAAACAGUACCAAGAACGAGACUUGUAUCAUUGGCUUUCCUCGUAUGAAACUCUCGAGCAAAUUGAAUUUGAAUAAUGCACUUCAUAGCCUGGGUCUACAAUCACUGUUCGACCCAAGAACUGCAGAUUUGAGCCUCGUGUCGAGCGGAUACGGUCAAAUUCCAGCGCCGCAAGCUACUCUGGCACCAUUACCCGUUUCAGUGCCACAAGUUACUCUGGCACCACAACCUGCUCCGGUAUCACAAGCUACGUCGAUUCCACAGGUUAUUCCGCUUCAGACUGCGCCGAUUGCACAAGCAUUGCCGCAUACAUCACGACAAUUAUCUUCCGUGCAACCGGACGACAAAAACAAGGAGUACUUGAUCUUUUCGCGAAAUAACUUUGGGAACACCAAUAGUCAAGGCGUGACCAAUACCACGAGGAGAAAUUACUUUACGUAUGACGAUAAGAUACGCGGCGUCAGUGUGGAACAGUGGGACACUGGUUUUAGCAUUCGUAAGACCGUCAGGACACGUCGCGAUGUUCAGAACGGAAGACAACGUAACGACAUGAAGCCAUCGAACGAUGCGACGUACGUCAUGGAGAACGACGACCUUGGAAAAGUCGCGCCGAAAAUUGAUGAUGCAAAUACGAGAUACGUGAGUUUGGAAGAGAAUAAAUAUCGCUUCCGCGAUGCCAAGAGGAAGACGACCAGAAGGAGACGACAGAGCCGACCCAUGGACCAGAAUUUCUUGAAAUUCAUGCAGACUCAAAGUUUUCCCUCUUAUGGCCUGGACAUCUUGAGAAAUAGUCCAGGUCUCGUGAAUCCGGGCCUGUAUGCGAACGAAGUGUUGCAUAAGGUGGAGAUGGACGUGACGGAGAAGGGAACGGAAGCAGCGGCGACGACCGCGGUGCUCCUACGCCGGGACGGCAAUCAGAAGAAGCUAGUCGCUAAUCGACCUUUUAUCUUUUUCAUUAGACACGAUCCCACGAAACUCAUUCUCUUUUGGGGAACGGUGAACGCGCCAACUCCAAAUUACGCCGUCGUCAGAUGAAAUGUGCCAUAAAUAUUCUCCGUAGACAUAUUGGAGUUCGCUUUCCUCGCAUAAUUUCCUCGCGUAUCUUUUUUUAUAUAUUUAUAUGUUUGUUUUUUAAUUCGAACAAAUGUGAUUACUUUGCGCCUCUUUUUUAUACUUUUUGCACUGCUGUAACACGACUUCCGCACAGCUUAUCGCGGUCGCAACGAAUACUGAGUUGCAAUAUUGCAUUUUAUUUUAUUACUUAUUAUUUUGUAUUACGUAUGUAAUGCGCGCGCUUAAUAUCGCAUCGUAUGCAUACAGAGAAAUAUAUUCUAGUAUAUAAAGAAA